AUUGUGUCGAUCGAGUGAACUCUUCCUCUCCACCUUAACUGUAAUUUGCUGCUACUCCUCAUACCGAGAGAUACCUAGCAUUCCUUAUACGCGUUGUGUGUAUUGUUGUUUGUUGUGUAUUGUGUAUAUUUGGAUAUUUUUUGCGAACUGGACGCUAUCAUGUAUUUUAUGUGUUGUGUACGUAAUUGUAGCAGCACGCGCAAGGACGCUAUGUUACAUAAAUUUCCAUGUAACGAAAAUCGCUUAUUAAAGUGGAUUCAGUGCCUGAAAGAUGAUAAUAUAAACAUAUCUUCAAUUCAUAAUUUGUUUGUAUGUCAAAAACAUUUUGAACGAAGAUUCGUUCGUGAGAACUCGCGUCUGUUGUAUGAUGCAUAUCCGACGCUAUUUACACCUGCUGAAAUCACAACUGGAGUUCCUGAAUGUAAAGAAAAUGUGGAUCCAAAAGUUGAUCACAGUUACAGCAGGAAGAGGCACAUCGACCACACAUAUGCCAAAGAUUUACCUCCAACAUCAAGUUCUGGUGCAUGCAGGAUUGUUCUUAAACCAAGAUUGUUAUCAAAUACAAUUACUAAGAACAAAGUCGAGCUAACCAUCCCUGAAAGCAGUGCCCCAGGAUCAUGUGAAAAAACUUGUAGUGUCAUUCCACUUGAUGCUUCUCAUGUCAUGGACAGUGAGAGUAAAGAUCCUUCACGAAAUAUUCUGAGAGUUGAAGUCCGCUCUCAAUCACCUACUACAGAUGCUUGCAAAGCUAAAAUUGAGAAUACAAUUAUUACACAAACCCCUAAAAAGUCAGGAAGGAAAAGAAUAAUUCAGGCACUUAAUAAGUUAACACCCACCUGUAAGCUUAUCUACAAAGAAUACACAAAAGCCAAAAAUCAAGCUGACUAUCAUCGUCGGGCUAAAAGAGCUGUCAAAUUUGCAAAGGAGCAUUCUUUUGAAGAAAUGGCAGAAAAAAUGAACCCCUACGCUAAGAAAAUUUUUGAAAUGCAAAUCAACCUGUGCACGAAAAAGAAAAAAGGUCGCAGAUUCACAUUAGAGGAAAAACUGAUAACUUUGGCCAUAAUGAAACAAAGCCCAAAAUGCUAUCGUUUUUUGCACAAAAUUUUCAUUUUACCAUCUUCAUCAACUUUAAAUAAGAUGGUAUCCAGAUUAAAGAUUGAGGCUGGUAUCAACCCCCAAUUUUUCACUCUAAUGAAAAAAGAGGUUGACACCUGGGAGGACUCAAAAAAAUAUUGUUCGAUCCUAUUUGAUGAAAUGGCAUUGGGAAUGGGACUGUCAUAUAAUUCGAAAGAUGAUAAAAUACAUGGAUUUGUCGAACUGACUGGGAGAAAAAAUAAAUUUGCUGACCAUGUUUUGGUUUUCAUGGCACGUGGAGCAGUCCAUAAGUGGCAGCAGCCUAUUGCAUAUUAUUUUUGUGAGGGGGCUACGUCUGGGCCAGAGUUAAAAAAGAUUAUAAAAGAUAUUGUAUCGGCCAUUGCUGAUAUUGAUUUGAAACCAAUAGUCCUUGGUUGUGACCAAGGCACAGCUUUCCAAUCUGCUGUACGUAACUUGUAA